AUGCAGUGGUGCUCUAAGGCCCUUGAUCUUGCUGGAAAGCCCGUUGUCGGUCGAGAUCUUGCGUUAAGUCAAAUGCCGAUCUUGAAUUAUCGAACUCGGUCGACCACUCAGCUACCGAUAACGCUCUCAGAAAUUUCAUUAUGGAAUCAUGUUCUGGCUGAGCGCUAUCGUGGAUUUGCUAAACAAUGGACUCUGACAUUAUUACGCUCGGUCGUCACCUUUGGCUCUCCAUAUUGCAUUAUGGGAUUUCUGAAGUGCCUGGAAGAGGAUAAUGUUAAUAUGACGAAUACGGCUUGGCUGUGGUUAAUCGGKGUUACAGUCUCCUCUGUAUCCGAAACCGUUCUCCACCAUCACCUUGCUUGGAUCCAAUGGUCAGAGAUGGGGAUUCCCAUUCGUGCACAACUCAUCAUGGCAAUCUUUUCCAAAGCAUUAAGAGUCAAAGAUUUCAAGGCUGCAGGUGACAAGCCUGAAGCGAUCAACCUGAUAUCCUCAGACACGGCUUCCUUCAGCAUGUUCACUGCCGUCAACUAUAUUCUUCCUUUUUCAUUAAUCAAAUUCUUAUUUGCGGUGUUGUUUCUCCUACGUUUACUAGGAUGGCAGAGCACAUUAAUGGCAGUAGUAGCCACGAUGAUAACCGUGCCAGUACAAACUAGAGUCAUCAGGAAUGAGCGUGCCGCAAAUAAGAGGCUGACAGUGGCACGAGAUAGAAAGACAAAGGCCAUUACGGAAGCGCUUCAGGCCCUUCGGCAAAUUAAAUUUUCAGCUAUAGAAACAGAGUGGGAAGAACGAAUUGAAUUGUGUCGCCGGGCGGAGAUAAUGGAGAUGCGAAAGCGGUUUCUUGCUAUUAGUAUCCGAUCAGCAUGGAAAGUCGCAUCCCCCUUUAUCGUGACGGCAGCAGCGGUAUGUAGUUAUGUCUACAUUCACGAUGAAGUGUCGUCAUCUAUUUUAUUUACCACUAUCGAGUUGCUGCCGCACAUUCAAGGUGCGUUGGGUAUGGUUCCGAGGGUCCUGCAGGAUUAUUUUGGCGCUCGGGCAAAUGCAAAACGGAUGGAAGUUUUCUUGAAAAUGCCAGAAGUUCGACAAAUUCUGUCUGAGAGUCCUAAUGGCGGCGUUUCUUUCCGAAAUGCCUCCAUUACGUGGCCGUCGGACGAAGGCCAGGAUCUCAAAGAGAAGCAAAGGGAGUUACCACCACCGUUUAUUCUUCAUAGUCUUAAUGUUGAGUUUCCCGCCGGUGAACUCAGUGUUAUACAUGGAGAAACCGGAUCGGGAAAGAGUUUGAUGCUCGCCGCUAUCAUCGGGGAGGUGGAUCUUCUCAAUGGUCGCAUAGAGACACAAUCAAUUGGGCAGCCGGUUGCAUUCGUAUCCCAGACCCCGUGGCUUCAGAAUGAUACCAUAAAAAACAACAUAUUAUUCGGAAGUCCUUUGGAUGAUAUAAGAUACCAAAAGGUUCUGAGAGCGUGUGCACUAGAUAUUGAUCUUGCCGCUUUACCUAAAAGUGACGAAACCUAUGUUGGUCUUCGUGGUGUUAGGCUGAGUGGUGGACAACGCGCAAGAGUCUCGUUAGGCAGAGCUCUCUAUUCAAGUGCUAAGCUACUAGUCUUGGAUGAUAUUUUCGCUGCGCUUGAUUCUCAUGUUUCCAACGAAAUCUUCCAAGCACUGACUGGCGAACUCUGUAUUGGCCGCACGCGGAUUCUGGCCACACAUCAUGUAUCCUUAUGCUUACCCAAGGCGAAGUGUUUUGUUCAUGUUCGAAAUAAUACGAUAGAAAAUUUGCAUGAUGUUGAUUUAGUUAAAUCGCGGCUGGAAAAUAGGGAGUCAAGCAUCGCUAUUGAGCUAAACCGAGUAGCAGAGAAAGAACCAAAGGGCAAGCCGAAGAUCACAGCUACAAAAACAGGAUCCGACUUCGGAUUUUACAAAAGCUACUUCGUAGCUGCUGGUGGUUUGUUGUUCACGACGAUAUUUGUUCUCGGUCUGCUUGGCAAGCAGCUCAUGAUUGCACUGACGACAUGGAUUCUCGGCUGUAUCAAUUCAAAACGCCGCGAAAUAUCAAACGAUGGCCUAACAAAUGCUGAUACUGAAACCAACCUAUGGUUUUAUCUCUACCUGUAUCUCCUAGGAUCUCUAUCUACAAUUGUCCUAGAGUUUCUCCUAAAUAUGCACAUAUUUGCAGGUUCACUCUGUGCGUCGAAGGAAUUAUUUCGCACCAUGACAGCAAAGGUUAUCCGAAUGCCUCUCCUUUGGAUCGAUACUACGCCUCUUGGAGUGAUGCUGAAACGAUUCAGCGGAGAUGCGAGACAAGUUGACGAUCUUUUGCUAGAGGUCAUGCGUGAAUUUGCUGACUGUCUUAUAAGACUGGUAGUUGUUGGGUGCAUUGGAAUGAACAAUUCAAUUUACACAGCUUGUCUAACCCUAGCUCUCUUGUUUUGGUGUUGGGAAGUGGGAAAGGGCUAUGCUAUGGCCAGAAAGCCUGUGAAGCGUGCUGAAUCGGAGAGCAACGCUGAAAUCUUGGAAUACUUCACUGCAGUCACCGCUGGGCUGUCGACCAUAAGAGCUUUUCGAGCUGGAGAUAGGUUUACGGAUCAGAUGCACCUUCAUGUUGAUAAAUUAUCAAUCGCUCGGAGGUACUUUUGGAUUUUUAACCGGUGGCUUGGUCUCCAAAUGUGUCUCAUGGGCAUUAUUUUCAGUACUGGCACAGGUAUCAUUCUUUUAUUUUCAAAAUCCGUCGUUGAUGCGUCGCUAAUGGGAUUCUCGCUUACAUUCUCAAUGGGAUUUGCGCACGCUGGUUUUGCCGCUGUGAACAAUUUUGGGAUGCUGGAGAGUUACAUGAACGCAGCCGCUGGGAUAAUUUCUUAUACCCAGCUGAAACCCGAAGAGCAAAGCGGCAACGAUGUCCCGGCUGACUGGCCAUCUAAAGGCGAGAUUAAAAUCAAAGGAUUAAAUGUUGCAUACUCGGCAGACCUUCCUCUUGUCCUGAAAAACAUCUCUUUCUGCGUGGAAGCUGGUCAGAGAAUUGGCAUCGUUGGUCGAACCGGAGCAGGGAAAUCAUCACUUACUUUGGCUCUUCUGCGUUUAGUUCACUAUCAAUCUGGAUCGAUCUGGAUCGACGGAAUUGAUAUUUCGACGAUAAAGCUACAGUCCCUUCGAUCUAAGAUUGCCUUUGUCCCCCAAGAUCCAGUUUUGUUCUCAGGCACGGUCCGAUCUAAUCUAGAUUAUUUCAAGCAAGUUCCAACACAUAAGCUAAAUGAUAUCUUGCGUCGCGUCAAACUUCUUUCCGCUGAAGAUAGUAAGCAUGCAGGCUUAUUCACUCUGGAGUCUCCAGUCAGUCCAGGUGGCACAAACAUGUCGCAGGGUCAAAGACAGCUUCUCUGUCUUGCGAGAAUGAUGAUCAAGAACCCGAGGAUUAUCAUUCUCGAUGAGGCGACGUCUGCUAUGGAUAAUGAGUCAGAUUCAUUGAUUCAGGAUACGAUCCGCAAUGAGUUUAAUUGUACUUUGAUUGUGGUUGCGCAUCGGCUCAGGACAAUUGCGUCGUUUGAUAAGGUGAUUGUGAUUGAUGAUGGCUGUAUAGGUGAAUUCGGGACGCCGGCAGAGCUGCUGAGGGCCAAAGGGCUGUUUCGUGAUUUUGUUGAAAAGAGUGAAGAUAAGGAUUUUGUUCUAAACACUGUAUUUCAGAAGAGCAAUAUAAUAUAG